AUGGCUGACUUUCAUUAUGGAGGGACGGAUGAGGAGUCUGCUGAGAUCAAGAAGCUGAAUGCUGAAGUUCUCGAAAAUACGGAUAAUUUUGAGAGUUGGGAGAAGCUUGUUCGCGCAGCAGAGACUCUGGAAGGAGGUUUAAAUCGUAAUUCAAGUCCACAAGCGAUUGCGACAACUCGAGAUUCUUACGAUCGCUUCCUUGCGAAAUUUCCCCUCCUGUUUGGAUAUUGGAAGAAAUAUGCAGAUCUGGAAUUCUCCAUAGCUGGUACAGAAGCUGCUGAGAUGGUCUUUGAGAGAGGUAUCGCCAGUAUAGCAACAUCUGUGGAUUUAUGGACGGAUUAUUGUUCCUUCAAGGUUGAGACAAGUCAUGAUCCUGAUGUGAUCAGAGAGCUUUUCGAGCGUGGAGCCGUCGCAGUGGGAUUGGACUUUCUUGCCCAUCCUUUCUGGGAUAAAUACCUAGAAUUUGAAGAUCGACUGGAAGCUCAAGACAAGAUAUUUGCUAUUCUGAACCGAGUUGUGAAGAUUCCUAUGCAUCAAUAUGCUAGAUACUUUGAGCGUUUUCGCCAAUUAGCUCACGCUCGUCCAUUGCUAGAGCUUCUUCCAGCCGAAACACUCGAACAAUUCCGAGCCGAUGUUAUUUCCGAAAGUACCGGCUUCCAGGCAGGUCCAAAGGGAGAAUUAGAGAUUGAACGUGACAUUAGAACCAAGAUCGAUAAUUUCCAUCUUGAAAUUUUCGCUCGUACACAAGCGGAAACCACGAAACGUUGGACUUACGAGUCUGAGAUCAAGCGUCCUUAUUUCCAUGUCACCGAGCUCGAUAAUCAGCAACUUUCAAAUUGGCGCAAAUACUUGGACUUCGAAGAGGCCGAGGGUGAUUAUACCCGUGCUAUUUUCUUAUAUGAAAGAUGUCUAGUGACCUGCGCAUUCUACGACGAGUUCUGGUUUCGCUACGCCCGGUGGAUGUCAUCAAAGGAGCGCAAGGAAGAAGAAGUCAGAAACAUAUAUCAAAGAGCAAGCACACUCUAUGUGCCAAUCAGCAAACCCGGGAUUAGAUUACAAUACGCCUAUUUCGAGGAGAUAUCCGGCCGUGUCGAUGUUGCGAGGGAUAUUCACCAAGCCAUUCUGGAUCGCAUGCCUGGUCAUGUAGAGACCAUCAUUUCUUGGGCUAAUCUUGAACGCCGCCACAAAGGCCUCGAUGCCGCAAUUGAAGUCUACAAAGCACAAAUCGCUUCAACAGAAUUAGACAUUUACUCCAAAGCAGCUUUUGUUGUUGAGUGGGCCAUUUUACUGUGGAAGAUUCAAGGAUCUGUCGAUGAAGCUCGUCAAGUUUUCCAGAAGAACACACAAUGGUAUCCAGAGAGCCGUCAUUUCUGGACUAAGUACAUGGAAUUUGAGUUGGCGCAGCCAACUAACUCAGUCUCGGAACCCGAGCACCAUGAAAGGCUCAAGCAAAUUCAUAGUGAUAUGAUCAAGACAUCCAUGAGGUUGGAUACAAAGAAGGAGAUCAGUAAUCUAUACUUGAUGUACCUAAGAGAAAGAGGUUCCAAGGAGACCAUGAAGGAAUUUUUACAGAUUGAUCGCGAGCUAAACGGACCUAUAUCAGUUCAACCCGACUAUGUUAAAGCCACUGAGUUGGGGAAAGCGACAGCAAACGGAGCUAUUCCAGGUGUUGACUCGACUUCUCUACUGAGAGGCGAAGUCAGAUACACUACAUAUUUUCAACAGCGCAAGCAACCACUAACUGUUGAUCCGCAAGGCCUCGCAUCUUUCCAUUAG